AUGAAGAAUCUGUUUGAGAUCCUGGAGAGUUCAGUCAGUAAAGUGAAGAAUCUGAGAUUGUGGAAGUGCAGUUUGUCAGAGACCAGCUGGACGUCUCUGUUCUCGGCUCUGAAGUCCAACCCGACCCAUCUGACAAAACUGGAGCUGAGCUACACCAACCUGGGAGAUUCUGGAGUGAAGGAGCUCUGUGGUUUUCUACAGACUGAAGGCUGCAGACUGAAAACAUUGAGGUUGUGGGGCUGCAGGUUGUCAAAGAUCACCUGUGAUUUUCUGACCUCAGCUCUGAAGUCCAACAGCCUCCAUCUGACAUAUCUGGACCUGGAUGGAAACAACCUGAAGGAUUCAGAUGUUCAGCAGCUGGAGGAUCUUGUAGAGACUUUAUGGUUCUGAUCUCUGUAAAGUAGAGAACGGUCUCUGUGUCCUGCUGAUCCUCAGAGGUUGAAGCUGCAGCAGUUUGAGUCUAAAGAGACUGACUGGAUCAUGAAGAUGACCUCUGACCUCCAAGAUUUUCCUCCUGUUUAUUUUCUCAUGUCUGUCAUUUAGUGUCUGAUAUUGUCUCUUUGGAUCAAUAAAGAUCCGAUUCAAACUGGG